AUGCCGCUCCAGCUGUCGCACUUUCUAAGUCUCCAGAAGAUACUGCUCCAGCUGGCGCGCAUUCUAAGCCUCCGAUACACAUGCAUACUUCUGCAAGUGGCCCGCAUGUUAGUUAAACCGCGAGGACAAUAUGAUCAGAAACGUACUUCAGAAGAUGGAAAGACAAACAAGACUGAUACAUCAUCGUCCAUAUCAAGUGGGGAGCUCAAGGAUUUUCCGGCUCCAAGCGUCCGUACAAGUGAGAGAGAUCCAGUUGCAAAUUUAAUACAAGGUAAAUUACAAGGCAUCCCAAAAUCGUCGGGGGAGUCCAACUGCUGUAUAUACAGAGUCCCAAAGAGCUUUCGUAAAGGAAAUAAACAAUCAUACUACAAACCUUGGGCUGUCCCUAUCGGACCUUACCACCUUGGUGCUGGAGGAGGGCUCGAAGUCAUGCAAGCCUUUAAAUUCAACUACGUGAAGGCCUUUCUGGAUCGGUACAACAAGAUGAACUUAGACCUCUGUGUUCAGACAGUGAGAACCUGGGAAGCAAAGGCCGGAGUAGUUAUGCGCAGCCCUUUGAACUAA